AUGAGAUCCGAAGGUGCAAGACAGGUCGCCGCCCGCAGCGAUUCUCCUUCGGCGAUGUUUGCUAGAGGUAUCCGACACAGCGGAUCUAGUGCGAUCACAUUCGAAGAUUCUAUUCUGAUACGGGCAUUACCACACCUGGCGGAUGACUACAUUCUUGGAUCAGACGAUUUUCGAAAUGAUGAUGGCUCCUUUAAUGACAACCCUGAUGCAGGCCUUCGUCUGUUUCUUGAGGACUUCGCCAAUGGGGCCUUGACCGAGAAAUUCCAUACACCGAAGGACAGCACUUUUAUCUCCGCUGAAAGCUUUCACAGAUACUUGAACGAUGCCGAAGAGCGAGCAUCAUUUGUGAAGCAGAGAAGAGGCAUGGUCGACCCCCGAAUGGUCCCGUUGACAAAGCGACGUCGAUCGAGCACUCCCCCAGAGGAUCUAGACCAGACGCGUGAACAGGCAUUCCAAGACGAGGAGGAAAGAGCAGCAAAACGCCAUGAGCAAGACGACUUAUCCUGCCGCGCUAGUUCUACAUCGGAACCAGACAGCAGCUAG